AUCUCUCCCGGCAAAAUCGAAACUAAACCGGGUUCCAAUGGCUCGAAAAAUUCUCCCGCUCCUCUGUUUUACUUCUUCUAAGUUCUAAAUCAUAUCUUCUCUCUCUCAACUUCAGUUCACUCCACGUUCCCGUUUCGUUUUUUCUUCUCCUCAAAGUCGCUUCACAUUCCAGUCCUUAGGGUUUUUGAAAUCAUCAAUCGAAAAAAAAAAUGGUGAGGUCGAGUAAAUCCAAGAGUACAGAGCGUGUAGGAAAGGGCAAAGUGACUCCGAUGCAAGUCGCCUUCCUCGUCGAUCGCUACCUUUGCGACAAUCGAUUCUCAGAGACCAGAUCCAUCUUCAGAUCCGAAGCUUCUUCUCUCAUCUCCAAAUCUCCUCUUCGCGAAGUUCCGUGCAGUUUGAUACCACUGGAUGAUAUCUUGAACGAAUACAUCAGCCUCAAGGAGCAGAAAGUCAUCGUAGACCAAGAGAAAGCUCGACUCGAUCAAGAGAAGACUCGUGUUCAGAAUCUAUUAAAUGGUAUGCAGGAUGUCAUGAACGUUUACAACUCCACCGCAGCAUCAGCACCUCCUCCUCCUCCUCCUCCGGCGAUUACUGCAGCAGCAGCAGCUCCGACGGCUAUCCAAGUGUCUACUUCUCAACCGAGCAACAACAACAACAUCGUAGUCUCUCCUUCAGGAGGAGGCACAGUGCAUCAUAGCACACCUAAUCUUAUGUCAGCGUCACUGCCAGGAAACAAGAGAGUUGGGAACUUCACAGCACCUUCUACUACUCAGUCUGUAACAAGAAAGCGAAAGAGUCCUGAGGUUACUCUACCAGCUCCUCCUCCUGUCUCUAACAAAGGGAUUAAAAAGAUUCCACGAGCUGCUGCUGCUAAGUCCACUAACUACUUGACGUUUCAACCGUCACCCAACACUCAAACGCCGGUGAAUAUUAACAGUGUAGGUAAUGACUCGUCUGAUCUUAAUACAUCAACUGUGGCAAAGCGUUUGUGUUACGGAUCAUCAUCAGACAUGUCACCUCCGGCCAACUCAUCCUGUCCGAAGACACCGCAGAAGCAAGUAUCUCCUCAGCAAGAAGUCACUCCUACAAACUGCACGAUCCUCACCAAGGAGAGAAUCACAGUCAGUCCUCACAAGCAGAUUGGUUCCUACACAGUGGAAAGGAGCCGUAUGGUUUCUUCUUCUUUUUCUCCGGUUAAGUCUAACCUGAAGAUGUCCAGUAAAAGAGACCAAGUGAAAGGAAGGCUUAACUUCGAUGAGGACGAUGAAGAAGCCACGAUGCACUCAGACGCACCUGCUUCUGGAGAUUUGGUUUCAUCUUCUCCUUCUUCGUCUGGCUCUGAAGCAGAAGUUGAUCUGUUUGAUAUAGAUUUUCUGAGCGAGAACUUUCCGUUCUCGGAGGUACUAGUCGAUUUCGAUCUUGGUUAUGAAGGACUACCAGACCCUUGCUUGCCACAACCUUCAAACUUUCACAUGGAGACUCCUUCAGGGUCAUCUCCUGGAACAAUGAAUGAGAAUCUAAUGCAUGACCAGGUCGUGUCUGAGUAUUCUUCAACAGUUACAGAAAUGGUUCAAGAAAAAGACAUGAACACACAAGGAUCUGACUCUAUGACUACUGUAAAGUCCAUAACAAAAUGCCUACGAAUCUUAAGUCCUGCCAAGAGUGGCAGACAAAGAAGUCCCAACUGAAGGAUUCUCAGAGCUUCAACAUUAACGUAGAUCACACACUGUGAGAUGAUGCAAUCUUUCAUUACUUUAGUUGGCUCCUAACUAGGUCUAAAUUUAAAAUGAAUAUAAUUUCUAGAUGCUUUACUACUAAAACUAUCUGAAUCAUUCCAACUAGUUUUCGCUGGCUUUCAAUGUAAAGCAGAACCCUUUAAUGUAACUGAGUGUAUGCUUCUGUUUAUCAAAAGAUUCACAUGA